AUGUAUAGGGUAGCAAAUGCAUCCCAGUAUUUAGUCAUCACCGGAUCCGGGAUCAACGACAUCAAAAUCGCAAAGAAAUCAUGGGUAUUUCCGGGCCAAUCCUGCUCCGUUUUCGACAUCUCUCCAGUGAACUACACGUUCGAAGUAAUGGCCAUGAGUGCCGAGAAACUCCCCUUCAUCCUCCCUGCUGUUUUCACUAUCGGGCCACGCUCCGACGACCAAGAGAGUCUCCACAAAUACGCCAAGCUCAUCUCCUCUCACGAUAAGGAGUCGAACCAUAUGAAUGAGCUCGUCAAGGGGGUCAUUGAGGGCGAGACGCGUGUCCUGGCUGCAUCUAUGACCAUGGAAGAGAUCUUUAAAGGAACCAAGGAGUUUAAGAAGGAGGUGUUUGGGAAGGUUCAGUUGGAACUGAAUCAGUUCGGGUUGUGGAUUUACAAUGCAAACGUUAAACAGUUGGUGGAUGUUCCUGGACACGAGUAUUUCUCGUAUUUAGGACAAAAGACACAGAUGGAAGCUGCGAAUCAGGCGAAAAUCGAUGUCUCUGAAGCCAAGAUGAAGGGUGAAAUAGGAGCGAAGCUUCGAGAAGGACAAACGCUGCAGAACGCGGCUAAGAUUGAUGCGGAAACAAGGAUCAUAUCGACGCAGAGGGAAGGUCAGGGACAGAAGGAAGAAAUAAAGGUGAAGACGGAGGUGAAGGUGUUUGAGAACGAAAGGGAGGCUGAGGUGGCAGAAGCAAAUGCUGAGCUGGCGAUGAAGAAGGCGAAGUGGGCCAAGGAUUCACAGGUGGCUGAGGUGGAGGCAAGGAAGGCCGUAGCGCUCAGGGAGGCGGAGCUGCAGAAGGAGGUUGAAAUCAUGAACGCGUUGACUCAGAAGGAGAAACUUAAGGCUGAGUUCUUGAGCAAGGCUAGUGUAGAGUAUGAAACCAAGGUACAAGAGGCGAAUUGGGAGCUAUACAGGAAACAAAAGGCUGCAGAAGCAAUUCUAUACGAGAAAGAAAAAGAAGCGGAGGCACAAAAGGCUACGGCUGAGGCUGCGCUCUACGCUCGUAAACAAGUUGCGGAUGGUGAACUGCCCAGGGGACCUACAUAA